UCGCCAUGAAUAAUGUGUUAUUAUUGUCAAUCAGUUCGUAAUGUAUUUUUCUAUUUCGGUAUUAUUCAAGUAGGUUGAAGUUCAUUUGAGUUAUUUGAGCAUUGUCAGCGGCAUAAAUUAUUCAAUUCUUCAUUUCUUUUCGCUAAUAAAUGGUCCAGCAAUGUGAUGAACUGGUCUCUGAAUAACAGAAAAUACUAUCCUGUGAAGAAGCAGUUACAUUUAGUCUAGACAGAUUUGAGAAUCAUGGAACCUGUUAGGAACUCGCGAUCCCGGUCCAGUAUGACAAAGAAAACAGUAAAUUUAUCAGUCACCAACAGUGCAAAAUCCAUCAAAAUUGCCGAUGAGUCUACUUUAUCAAAAUUUUCAUGGACAUCUGAUCGUUUUGACCAUAAAAUCACCUCAAAUGGAACAGAAACACCAAAGCCUCACCCUAGUCCAACUCGUAAAACCAAAGCAACUAAUUUGGAGUCCAACAAUCCUGUAUUGGAUGCCCAAGAGUACAAAGAAAUUGUUUCAAAACUGAAAAGAGCAUCGUCAAAAGAAAUCCUGGAUUACUACAACAAGUUUGGCAGCAUGUGGUUUAAUGAGUUUCCAAAGACAGACUACGUAUACUCACCGACAUCUGAAAAUUACGGGAAGGAAGUAGCUCCUGGUAUUCCGUUGAAACCUAAUAUGUCCAGGAGUCCGAUCAGAUCACACAACCUUGAGUACCUACCGAGAUCUCGCCUAGAUACCUCUGACAAAUCCUAUGAAGCAACAGCAAGAUGCUUGUUUCCAUUGGAUGCUGAAUCGCAAGUUAACUAUUUGAAUGAACUCCGAGAAAAAUCAUCGUAUUCACACUCCUCAUAUAGUCAAAACAGGAGUUUAAGGAGAUCAAAUCUCAGCAGAAACUGGUUUCAGGUUUUUUUCUCUAUUUUCACCUUUGCCUACAGCUGCACACUAGGACGAAUCUUCUUCAGUUCAAAGAAUAGUGUCGCUCCAACAUGGACAUCUCCAAACACAAGCCAUCUAUACCCAGAUCCAGCUAUUAGUCGAAGGUGGUACUAUGGGUUCACUCGAUUUCUGUAUCGUAGCUUAUUCUUCUUCCAACGAUUGGACGUUGUGUUAAUAUCAGCCGCUCGUAGUAGUGUUCAACAAGUGUUCAGGCCUAUUUUCUCCAGUUUCGGACACCAUCUGAAACCUUUGGCUGUUUUCACUCUGUGCCUUCCCCUGAUUUUACUGUUUUUGUUUUACUGGUGGCCGGAGCUAUAUAGCUCAUGUGGAUCAUAUUUGGAAAAUUUUUUAUCCAGCAGUCCACUUCAAAUACUAUCAAAAUCAGUGACGUCAGCUUCAGACCUGUUAUCAUCUUGGACCGGUGACCUAAAUAUUUUUCUCCUCUUAAGGCCUUUUGCUAGCAUCUUGGAAUUUUUUGUCGGAGGUGUCUCCAGUGCUGCAACACUCAUUCUAUCAACAGUCUCUUACAUUAUUUACUUAGUUCAAACCAGUGUAUUCACUGUGUUUAGCUAUGUAACAGUGCCUUUUGUUUUUGCAACCUCAAAGCUCAGUGAAGGUUUAGCUUCCGUAGUUGUUACAUCAAGGCCGCCUCCUGCCCAUUAUCAGUCACGUGGACAAAGUCCUGACAUAGACUAUAAAAUUCUUGCUGAGAAUAUUUUAAAGAGCAGCGAAAUGCAAAAAACUCUCAAUGACUGGUUAUCAGAACAAUCCCACCUCCUCGAGAAAAAUCAGAAGUAUAAGUCUGCAGACCCUGACGUCAUCACGGAGAGCUUUAAGCAAUUUUUAUCAGAAGAGCUUGACGAUCGAGAAAACAAAAAUAAGGAGAGCCUCCAACAGAGCAUUCAACAGAAGAACGUAGAAUUGAGAGAAGAGUUGAAUAAAUUAGAACAAGAAUUGAAAGAUCGAGAGGCAGCUGAAAAUGUUGCUCGUUCAGCUGUUUAUGAUGACCUUCAACAGAAAAUCAAUGAAAUCCAGAACCAACUCAAGUGGCAAGCUCUCAGAUUCAGGCGCUGUUGCUCGAGACGGGAGCCUCCAAUCUCUGCACGAACUGUUGAGAAGCAUGUUGUUAAUUAUUUGAGCAAACUCCUAAGUACCUCUGAGCCUCUCAGUCAAAAUGACAUUCGAUCUCAUCUUGAUGCCAUUUAUGUUGCAAGAGACAAACUUGAAAACAAACUUUCCAACCUUACGUACCAUCUGGACCACCGCAUAAGAGAAGCCUCUGAAGCAUCGAUGGAUGUUAUUAUGGCAGCUGUUACAGAAAGAAUGAGUGAUGAGCUAUCAAAACGUGUCAAUAAUAUCGUGUCAGUACAGGGGGCCACGGAUUCACUUCACUCCAACUCUUUCGACACAAACUCUUUGCAGCAGUACAUAAAUCGGACCAUUGAACAUGUCUUAUCACUUUAUGAUGCGGAUAAAACAGGGAUGGCUGAUUUUGCAUUAGAAUCCUCAGGUGGAACUGUUCUCAAUAUCAAGUGCACAGAAUCCUCCACAUCAACACCAGCUGUUUGGUACUUCUAUGGCAUUCCUGUCUGGUGGACUUCCAAUAAUCCGAGGAAAGCUAUUCAGCCGGGGAUGCAGCCAGGUGAAUGUUGGUCAUUUGUUGGUUCCACUGGAUAUCUGGUUAUUCAGCUAUCUGCUACAAUUAAGAUUCACACUUUUAGUGUUGAACACAUACCAAAAUCCCUGUCCCGAAACGGAAGCAUUGACUCAGCUCCCAAAGAUUUCUCCGUUUGGGGACUGAAAGAUGAGCAAGAUAAAGAAACGUAUUUCCUUGGGAAGUUUCGCUAUGAAGAAAAUGGAACCAGUUUACAGUACUUCUCAGCUAAGCCUCAAGAUAGGCCGUUCAACAUUGUGGAGUUACGAAUCGAAUCAAAUUGGGGUAACCUAGAAUACACUUGUUUGUAUCGUUUCCGUGUCCAUGGCGUCCCGGUCUAAUGUUCCUGCCUGUUUUUUUGGUAAUAUCAUCCUGCAUAUCUGGAAUCGUUUGAAUAUUAGUUCAUGUAAUGGUGACGAAAUCGCACCAACUGUGUUCAUUGAUGAUUCUCAUUUUGUCCAUACUUAAAUCUGUAUUUAGGAUUUUGUACCUGAGUCGUUGCUUAAAACUGGUGAGGUUUCUAACUUUUUGAUGACUUAGCUGUUCUCUGCGCUUAUUUUUCCAAGCUGAGAGGUGGUACUUUUACUUUAGAAUUUGUGCGUUGCUUAUGAUCUGCAAGUGGUUGCACUAAAAAUAAACGGUCUUGCUGAUAAAAACUGGUCAACUUAUUGCUUCCGUUGAGUCUCUUCAGUUUAGGCCCUAAAUUUUCAGUUUUAAAAUUUAAAAAGCCAAUUAUAUUGGUACAACAUGAAUACUCACCAUGAAAUAUUUUCUCCGAGACUCCUAAUGUUGUUGUUGUCUCCUACUUUUUUCAGAUCAAAAAAUUCCUUUCAUAAUUUCACCCUUUCUAUUUUUAAUCCUCCCUCUUGAAAAUACAGUUCUUACCGGAAGAAAUUUCCGGAAAAUUCAAGCAUUAAUUAAGAUGUAAGCCUAAAUUUGCGACUAUAUUUAAAGGCAGUUUCUUUUAUAAGCCCUCCCAAAUCAACAAAAACUGUUUUUAUAAAAUAUGUAUUAUAGCCUGAUUCAGAUAACUUGUCCUUUUUUGUCGUAUGCCCAGAUCACGGAAUUUCUUAUCCUGCACAUUCAGCGAAAAAUGACAAGUUAUCUGAAACAAGCUCUAAUUUUGUUUCGUUCUUUUUCUGGUUCAAGUCGAUUUAUUUUUUAUCUUACUUUCUGCUCACCAAUCAAUACAUUGUCUCAAUGGUGUAAAGAGAAGCUCAUAGUGGUAAACAAAGGAAAACACCCCAGUUCUCUAUGAGCUAUGUGGAAAGUAAAUAUCCUUUCUUGUUCAUGUCGUAAGAACAGCUUAAGUCAUCUUAGUCCUUAUUUUUAAACCUUUUUUAAUCAUCUAGUUUAAGAAACUUAUAUUUUUGAUCUCUUUGUAAGCUCUUUUAUUGUAAGAAUUUUUCGUCAGGAUCUAUUUUUCAAAUGCUCCUCAUUAAAAAGGACAGGGCAGACUUUCCAUGGGGAAUUUGCUCCUCAUCCAUAUAAAAUCGUUUGAAUAGUAUAG